UUUGUUUUUCGAGUCUUUGUUAAAUGUUAAUGAGGAAGACAGGUUAAGGGAAACUGCAGCCAAGUUGAAUGUUUUUGUUGUUGACUGUCCAGGCCCCAGGCAUCAUCGACACAAUGGAUGAAGGCUGCGCUGCUGCUGCUCUUUGUUGCUCUCAUCACAGUCAAAGCCGUAGCUGGAGGGAAAAACAACAAAGAAAAAAUCAAACCUUCCCAGUCUGGGAUAGAUUGUACUGACUGGCGCUAUGGAAACUGUGUCCCUAGCAACGGAGACUGUGGAGCCGGGUUUAGGGAGGGGAUAUGUAAUCAGCAGACCAAGAAAAUGAAAUGUAAAGUACCCUGCAACUGGAAAAAAAACUUUGGAGCUGACUGCAAGUAUAGGUUUGGAAGUUGGGGUGAUUGUGACCCGACUGCCGGCGUCCAGGCCAGAAGCGGGACCUUGAAGAAGGCGCUGUAUAAUGCUGAGUGCCUGCAGACCAUUUCCGUCACCAAACCUUGCGUUGGCAAAACCAAGACAAAAAGCAAAGGAAAGAAGAAAAAAGGCAGUGGACAGUAGAUGCAAGAGAGGAAUUUCUGGGGACGGACACAAGGAUCUUUAUCAAUACAUUUUGUGAACCAUAUCAACUCUGGCAUUUGGACGUUUAUAGAACUAAACUAGUUUUGUUUGUAGACUUUCUCAAAAUAUGACUCUAAGUUUGAUGUAGAAAGUAGAAAAUACUCCAUUGUAAAUCUCUUCCGAAUCUGAUGUUAUCAAUAUGGUCCAAGGAUCAUCCUGCUAUUAUUAUCUAGUCAUCAGUAAUUAGCAUUAGUGCACUGCAAUAGCAGAUUCCACUAAACUAUAAUGUGUACACAUUUUCAAAUAAUAAUGUUAUUUUUCAAAUCAUUGAUAAAAAUAAUAAUAAAUACCAAGGUCAUAUUUCAACUAAAUGUUAUUUGUGUUAUUCUUUAUAUUUUUCUGGGAAUAAAACAUUUGCUGCUUUGAACCCCGGUCCCCAGAACUGUGAGGCAGAUGUGCUCAAUCAAUCAAUCAAAUGUUAUUUAUAUAAUACUUUUCAUACAUAAAAAAUGCAACCGAAAGCGCUUCACAGAGAUAAAACAUCCAUCCAUCCAUGCAUCCAUUUCCUUUACCGCUUCUCCUCACGAGGGUCACGGGAUUCUGGAGCCUAUCCCAGCUAUCUUCGG